GUCCAUGCAAACAGUACUCACAUGAGUGGCAUUUCAGUGUACUCGAUCACACAUAUAAUUCAUCUACUUUUACAUUAUACAUGCACUAUACAUUAGCAUCCUAAAUAAAUGAAAAAUCAAUUUGUUAGUUUCAGAUUAUUGCAAAGAUUGUUCAUAUUCUGUUUAGUAAUAAAAUGGUUUCUAGUGAGUGUAUUUUAUAAGUGUUAGUGAUAAUAUAUAGUUAAAAGUUAAUGACAGUUAGUAGUGAACUAACAGUAGUACGUAGUAGUUUAAAUAUGUACAUGAAUGCACGUGUACCUGAGGUCAUGUAGAGACUCAAAUUGUCCUUUCUGGUGAGCGCUGAAUCGGAAUGUUGCCAGGAUACCACAAGGCUUCAUUCAUUCUCCAUCACCUCCUUCGUUCCUGUCCUGAAUAAUACUUCCGAAUUCCCAUCUGUUGUGUAUUGACUACUGAAGUUUAGAGUGCUGUUGUGAUCAUUCAGCUUGUCAGUCUAACAUCUGGAGUUGGCAAAUAAGAAAUUAAAUUUGGCAGUUUCUUGUUGCAUUGUCUGAAGACAUGAAUGGGCAUGUUCUCAUGUGGAGCGCCAAACAUCUUUCCGGUAGCGUUGGGGUUAAAAAAAAAAAAAAAAGUGCCGCUCCAUCACCACCCACCCCUCACCAAAUCUUUUUUUUCCCUCUCUUUCGUCUGUUGUACUUUUUUGGUUUCAGACUUUAGUCUUUAGGCUAUUAUGUGUCACAACCCUACAUAAGCAGUUUGGAGAAUGGAUAGAAGCAAAUAUGUUGAUUCAAAUUACUCAAAGUUACUAGAAAUUCAUGUAUCAGUUUGGAGAGGUUGUGAAAAGAAAUGGCAGUGCGGUUGGCUUACAUUUACACUUCUGCAUUUAGUAGAUGCUUACAAGACUCACAAUAGAUUAGAAUAAUUAAUCACACAGCUGAUAACAUUCAUUUUGUACAGUGCCAGGUUUAUUAGAAAGCUAAAUGAGGAAAAAAGCUAGAGCUUAUGUAGUUUAUCUGUGUAUUUUUAGUAAAUAUAGUUUAAUACACACUCUCAUGACUGGCCAGUAUGUAGAAAGAGGUGUUACUCUAAAAUGGCCGCUUGGCAAAAGAUAAGAUGACUGCAAUCGUUGUCAAAGAAGCUUUCACCUACUGCUCAGUGUACACUGUCAUUUAUGUUAGUCAUGAAUCAUAUGUCUAUCUUAGUCAGUCUCUGUUGUGUUUAGCCAUCCAAAUGUAUUAAAUCUGACAGUACUUAUAUCUUAUUUAGUCCUGUAAUCAGUGAAAUCAUCUUGUUAAUUGUAUGUUUUUGGCUUAUAUUAUUAUUUUAUUGAGCAGCAGUGCUUUAUUAGAAAGGCAGUAUCUGUGGAGUUGAACAUGUCUGAACUUGUCCCCAUAGAGCAGUGGGGGAGGGGAGUGUCCGGUUCUACAGAAACUGCAGUCUACAAGACUCAGAGCAGGGACAUUUAGCAUCCAAAAAUUUUCACUCUAACCGUUGGAGGGAGAAGUGCGUCCUGUAAAACAGAGUUUUAGGGAAGAGAGUAGACUUUAAGAUUGUUAUAGUGCAAGAUAGUCAAGUUGAUGUGUUUCAGAUCGUGUGAGAAACUACAGAGAGACUGCACAUGAUCUUGAUGUAUUCGUCUGACCUGAAUAAACUUUAUUGCCAAUUGGCGAAAACUUGUCCAGUGCAAAUGGUGGUGAACACUGCCCCUCCCCAGGGCUCGGUGAUCAGAGCCACAGCCAUUUAUAAGAAGUCCGAGCAUGUGGCUGAGGUGGUCCGUCGAUGCCCCCACCAUGAGAGAACCCCAGAUGGCGAUGGAUUGGCUCCUGCUGCUCACCUGAUCCGCGUGGAAGGAAACUCACGUGCUCUUUACAGAGAGGACGAUGUAACCGCCAGGCACAGUGUGGUGGUUCCCUAUGAAGCUCCUCAACUGGGAGCUGAGUUCACUACCAUUUUAUACAAUUAUAUGUGCAACAGUAGUUGCAUGGGCGGGAUGAACCGCCGACCCAUCCUGACGAUCAUCACUCUGGAGACUCAAGAUGGUCAGUUGCUGGGUCGCAGGUCUUUCGAGGUGCGUGUGUGUGCAUGCCCAGGCAGAGACAGGAAAACUGAGGAAAGCAACAGAAAAGACCAGGAGACCAAAACCUUGGGCAAAACCCCCUCUACCACCAAACGCAGUAUGACUAAAGAGUCAACUACUUCUACGCCUCGACCUGAAGGCAGUAAGAAGGCCAAACUUGGCACAAGCAGUGAUGAGGAGAUCUAUACCCUGCAGGUGAGGGGCAAAGAACGCUACGAAAUGUUAAAGAAGAUUAAUGAUAGUUUGGAGUUGAGCGACGUGGUGCCUCCAUCUGAAAUGGAUAGAUACCGGCAGAAAUUACUCACCAAGGGCAAGAAGGAGAAGGAUGCCCAAACACCAGAGCCCAAAAGAGGCAAAAAACUAAUGGUUAAAGAUGAAAAAAGCGACUCUGAUUAGGAUGGCGCAGUGCUGAACAAAAAAAGAAAUGGAGAUUUUCUGACUGCCUUCCUUUUGUCUUUGUCUGACCAAAAUGCCUUGUCAUGGGCAGCAUUUGGUGGAUUGCAGACCCAUGAUCACUCAGUCCUUUGUCAUGUUUCAUCUUAUUCACUCCACUGGGACCUUUGUAAGUCAGCUGAUUCAGAAGAGGUCUAUAUGAAUAAGGCUGGUAACAGCUGGGUGCAGUAGGUGUGCUUUAUCAGCACUGGAGGAGCACUGCUGACUAAUCAUUUUGCAGACCUGAUAAAUGAAUGUUUAGCGAUGAAGCUUAUCUGUAUGUGGGAUUUUCCUGUUGUAGGUCAGUGCAGGUCACUUGCCUCCCAACAUGUAGUUUCUGCACCCUGGUAAGGUUGUAAAUUUGUCACUGACUUACUAGAUGGCCACUUUGUUGAAAAUGUAUUAAUGCCAGUAUUUUGUAACCUCUUUUGUAACCACCUUUUUUAAAAUAAAAAAGUCCAUUACAGAUUAGAUAAAAACAGAAUGGUUAGAUGCCAAGCAACUGUAAUAAAAAUAACAAAAAAUAAAAAUAACUCUAUUUUGUAUUUGGAUUACCUUUUUAAUAGGUUAAUUUCCGUUCAUAUAAGCAAAUGAAAAUGUCAAGAACUCAGGGCGUGUUGUAGUUCCUCCUGGUAAUCUUGAUGAAACUAUUCUACUGUUCUCCAAUUUGAUAUAUAUUUUUAUGCUGUUUUUAUCCUGUUUUGUUAAUGUAUGCAUAUAUCUUUUAUACAUAUAUUCACAUGCAUUAAUUUGUAGGUGGGAAAGUGUUUUUGUUUUUAAGAAAUUUGUUUUUAAAUACAUUCUUUUAAAAAAUCA